AUGGCUGGAAUGCUUCCAGGAGUUGAAUGUGCUCGAAAGAGACGAUUGCAUCGAAGUGGAGGAGGAGGAGGAGGUUGCUCCUAUUCACCAACUCUUGAUUCCACAAGACGCUCUUUCUGUUUGUACGCUAGAAACCUCCAAUCCCCCUUUUCCUCAUCCUCUUUACUGCAAAGGAACAUGUUAAACCAGGGAUACCCAGAUGAGAAACUGGGAGGAGCAGCCAGAGAAGCCAAACAGAGAUUGGAUGACAAGUUCACAGCACAUAUGAAAUCAGAAAACCAAAGUUAUAAUCAUAAAAGAAAAAGCCUUUUUCAUGGUUUGUGGCAUCAACUCAGAUCUUAGUGAAACUAGAAGAAGAUUCCCAGAUCAUCAAGUGGUCUUUUAUCAUUUUGAUACAUUAUAAUUAUGGGUUUGAUGUUUCUCGUGCAGAAGAUAAUUUUUUUUUUUGGAUACGGAAGAUAAUUUUAAAUGUGUGGAAACUGGAAAGCACUGCCGCAGCCUUUUAGCACCUUUUUUUUGUAAUUAGCCGA